AAUAGCGAACAGUAUCACAUGAAACGUCGAACUGAGAUAGUCAUGCAAACAUCUGACACAUAGCAUAUUUCUUUCCCCAUAAAGCAAAAUAGUCAAUAACUAAAUACUUUUAUUUGCACUCCUAUUACAUAAUUUGACAAAUAAGAUCAAUUAUCUUCCAUUAAGACGGUUAAUUAAAAAUUUAGGAAUUUGAUAAAUAAACGCUCACCUGAAGUGGUAGAUAAGAUAAGUCAGUUUUGUGACAGUGAAGUUGGUGAAAACCUUACAGAAAGUACGAGUUCUAAAUCUAAGUGAUGUGUCCCAUAAAGUAUAUUACUCUCGAAGAAGAACUAAAGAAAAAUCCAGAACUAAAGUUGUCAGAUAUACAGAUUCUAAGAGAAUGGUGCAAAAAACAACCGCAUCUGCCGAAAAUCCAAGACAUAGAGCUCGCCAUAUUUCUAUAUCUUAGUUGCUAUCAGAUAGAGCCAACAAAGAGCACAAUCGAGAAUUACUAUACUUAUAGAACUCACAUAUCGGAAGUAUUUUCUAACAGAGACAUACUGAAACAACAAGAUGCUUUUGAAGUCAUGCCCCACAUUAUGUUAGAGACUACAACAAAGGAGGGAUAUUAUAUAACGUUUAGCCAACUUCUCGAUAUAAAUCCUUCACAUUUCUCUCACACUAAAAUUUCAAAAAUGAUUUUUAUGAUGUACGACGAAUUUUUAUGGACUCACGGUUCAACAGCGAGACAUAUUUAUAUCUGCAAUGCUUCGGACUUCGCAAUAGGACAUGUGGGACGUUUCAACUUUGCAUUACUAAAGAAAAUGUUAUAUUAUAUUCAAGAUAUCGUGCUAGUGCCUUUUAAGGGAAUACAUCUAAUAAAUAUGUCACCAGCUGCCAUAACAAUAUACAACAUAAUUAAACCUUUCUUCAAUCAUAAGUUGACAAAUCUGAUACACAUCCACCCGACAUUGCAAAGCGCAAGUGAAUAUUUUCCGAUAGAAGCGUUACCUAAUGAAUUUGGUGGAAAAGCAGGUACCAUGCGGGAAUUAAUGGAUGUACAAUUUAAAAAAAUGGAGAACUUUCGCGAAUGGUAUUUGGAGGACGAGAAAUAUAAACGAGUAAACGAGUCGUUGCGGAUCGGCAAAAGCAAGACAUCUAAUGAUCUAUUCGGUAUAGACGGUAGUUUCAAAAAGUUAGAUUUCGACUGAGUCAAUUUUACUAUAUAUAUAUAUAUAUAUAUAUAUAUAUCGUGUAAAGUUAAACAAUAACGAAUUCAAAGAAAAAACUUUAUGGAAAUGGUUUAGGUUAUUUUUCUAAAAAAGUAAUUUAUCUCAUAAAACAUGUUAUAAAAAUUUAUAAAUAUUCACAAUAACAUAUAUUUAGUAGUUAUAGCCUGUUGUUAUAACUAUUAUAAAUAAUGAAAAAAGCUGAUAUAUAUGCAUUAUAAAUAUAUAUAUUAGUCAUAAUUUUUUGGAAAAUAUUGCAUUAUAAAUAUAUAUAUUAGUCAUAAUUUUUUGCAAAAUAUUGCUUAACAAUAUUUAUCACACACGUCAUAUUUAUCAAGUUGGCAUAUAUUAAUGUAUAUUAAUAUUAUGCUUUCCUGUUGUCAUAUUUGUGUUUGAAAGUAAAUAAUACAGACUAAUAUUUAAGGAAGACGCGAAUACUAUAAAAUUAUCGAGAAUCCUACGAUUUUUGCAGUUCGGUUGAAUUUCUUUUUAACUUCAUUCACCAAUGUAAGAACUAUUAUAGCUUCGAUAUUUUCGUAGAAAGAUUUUCGGUGUACAAUGUUGUCGGGAAUUAGACAUUCACGAAUAUCACGAUAGUGGUAGAACAUUCUAUAAUAUAUAUAUGCGAUAUAAUAUGCAAGCAGUUUUUUACAUGAGAGCGCUCAACGGUUGAGCAACUGACGCAAGUAAUUGUAUUUUCGGAAUUUUGGGGAAUACACUUGCUUUUGAAUUGUAGACGCCGCCGUGAAGAAAUAUAAGGACUCGUGCGGAAUCAUAAUCUGUUUAUAUUGGGAAUAGUGCUAUCUAACUUAUUGAGGCCAAUAUUAGAAUUUGAAAGAAACCAAAAAAUUUUACCGACAGCCGCUAUUAGAAGCUAUAUAGAAGAAAAAAUACAUAAGAUAAGCCUAGAAAGCUCUUCUCGGGGCUCGUUCAUGUAUAAUAACUCCCCAGUAUUAGUUCGGUCCUACUGCGGAAACGACAAAUCGUUCGGCAAUUCAGUAUGUGACUCUCGAAUAACGAAAGAAAGUUGUUUUAAUUGUGUCAAGAUUUAUGUUAUCUUUUAUUCCUGAAGAAGAAUAAAGCGUCCACAUACCACGAU